AUGCUGAACAUCUCGGACGGGCAGAAGAUCGGGAUCCUGCUGACGGGCUUCGGCCUGUUCUUCACCUUCUUCGGGGUGCUCCUCCUCUUCGACCGCGGCCUGCUGGCCAUCGGCAACCUGCUCUUCCUCACCGGCGUCACCCUCAUCAUCGGCGGCCGCAAGACCUUCCGCUUCUUCUUCCAGUGGCGCAAGCUGCGCGGCACGGCCUGCUUCCUGGGCGGCAUCGCGCUCGUCAUCGUCGGCUGGCCCUUCAUCGGCAUGAUCGUCGAAGUGUUCGGCUUCAUCAACCUCUUCGGCGACUUCUUCCCCGUGGCCCUGGGCUUCGCCCGACGGCUGCCCGUCAUCGGCCACGUCCUCGAGCUCCCCGCCGUCCAGUGGGUCACCGACCGACUCAUCGACUCCAAGCGACUCCCCGUCUGA